AUGUCGCCAAAAAAGACAGACGAUGACAUUGAAGUUGGCUAUGAGAAAGAGGUCUCAGACUCUGAGGGUUCUGCAUUCUCCGACUCCUCCGAUUCUGACUAUGAAGAAAGCCUAGAGAAGCCGCCAGACAAGCCGAUGACGGAGUGGGUUGGCGACGACUUUCCCAACAAACCAAAGAGGCAGCCACGCGGCCUUAACAUUUUGCUGCAAUGGUAUUCUAAUGGUCGUAAAUUUGUCUGCAAAAAGAAGCCCAUAGCAGAGGAUGUCGAACCGGUGUGUUGUGAUGGUAUCGGCGGUCUCUGUGGCCUGAUCUUCCUCAUGCUUAUCGAUAUUGCCUAUGUCGCCUACUGUAUCGUCUGCAACAAGCUUGCUACGGAGGAUGAUAUUCGAUUGGUGUGGCUCUCGGCGAUAGUGUGGUUAGUUAUACUCGUCAAAAUCUGCCAUCGACUCAGCCGACUUGGCCGAUUGGUCGGUGGUUGCUUCACACCCUUCGGCGUCCUAGGUGACAAGAUCUCUGAAGGCUGGACAAAUUUCAAGGAUAGUAUCCACAACCGCUGGCAAUCCAUGUGGGACAAAAUUGACCCCAACGAGAAAACCCAGAAGAAGAAGAAGAAGCUUGCUACGAAGAUUGUGGUCUUGGCUCUCAUGGGUAUCUUCACCAUUAUUUGCCUCAUCUUCUUCGUCAUUCUCAAAAGCGUGCAAAAUUUGAUCUCGCUCUCCGGAAUCGUUGUGCUUUUGCUCAUUGCUAUUGCAAUCUCAAAGCAUCCAGGCAAGAUUAACUGGCAGCCAGUUAUUGGAGGCAUCUUCGUCCAGUUAGUUUUUGCUGUGUUGACACUCCAAACACGUCCUGGAUAUGUAGUCUUUCAAUUCUUGGGUGAUCGAAUGUCUGAAUUUCUAUCCCACAGUACAGCUGGCUCGUCUUUUGUAUUUGGUGACCUCACCUUCUUUGCUUUCAACGUGUUACCCGUUGUGAUAUUCUUCUCGUCAUUCAUCUCGGUGGCCUUUCAUCUCGGCAUCAUCAGCAUUCUAAUCGACAAGCCCUCAGUGGUGGCCACCAAAGUCCUCGGCACCACGGGUCCCGAGACCCUCAAUGCUGUCGCUAACAUCUUCGUCUCCAUGACUGAGUCACCGCUCAUCACUCGACCUUACAUGCAUAUGAUGACCAACUCCGAGUUGAAUGCCAUCAUCGUUAAUGGUUUUGCCUCCGUCGCGGGCUCUGUAUUGGCAGCCUACAUAAGUUUCGGUGUACCGGCUAACCACCUGCUGAUCGCGUGUGUCAUGUCAGCGCCUGCAGCACUGGCCAUAGCCAAAGUCAUCUAUCCUGAGACAAAACGUGCACCACUGGCGGAGUUGGCGGCCUGUGAGCAGGUAAAGAGUCCCUACAACAACGUUCUCGAAGCAGCUAUGGUCGGUGCUAUGGACUCGAUACCGAUUGUUGCUGGUAUCGCAGCCAACCUAAUUGCCUUCCUCAGUAUUUACGACUUCUUCAAUAAAACACUCACCUGGCUUGGCUACCGUGCCUGCAUGACACAAGAUCUCACAUUUGAGGUUGUCUUCUCCUACCUUCUCUGGCCUAUCGCAUUUACUAUGGGAGUGCCUUCAGUGGACUGCCUCAAGAUCGCAGAACUCAUUGGUGUCAAGACCAUGUUGAAUGAAUUCGUCGCAUUCCAGCGUCUCGGCGCUCUCAUCAAGGACUCCGCAAUCUACAGAAACUCUUCUGGGGGCAACUCAACAACACAAGUUUUAAAUAAUGGCUCCUGGAUUUUCGUCGACACCAAGGGCGAAAGAUACAUCUUCGAUUAUGGAAUUCUUCACACGGACCGCGCAGAGGUGAUAGCCACGUAUGCGUUGUGCGGCUUCGCCAACAUCGGCUCCAUCGGUAUCAUGCUGGGCGCAAUGGUGUCGAUGCUGCCACACCGACGACAGGAUCUCUCCAGGAUGGUGCUUGCGGGCAUGGUCGGCGGUACUAUUGCUUGCUUCCUCACUGGCUGUUUUGCGGGUCUCUUCUACGAAGGUGUGUGA